AUGACAAACGCAAUAUUUACAUUACUUUAUAAUGUCAACUACUUGCCCGGAGCACUAGUCCUUGGAGCACAAUUGAAGAAAGCAAUAGCCAAAACUCAGUUUGAUGAGGAAAUAGCAUUAGGUGUCUUAAUCGAUAAACUGCAGUUUUCCACACUGCAAUUGAAUUUGUUAUCCACAUACUACCAGGACAUAAUUGAUGUUUACGUACACCAAUCUACUCUAGUUGACAAAUUACGAGACGAUUUGCAAAGACCGGAAUUGGCCAAGACAUUCACCAAGAUUGAAUUAUGGGGUUUAGAUCAAUAUGAAAAAGUCCUAUACCUUGAUGCAGAUACACUUCCACUCAUUCUGGAACUGGAGACUCCCACUUCUGAUUCAACAGUAAUUGAUCUCUUGAAGUUGGAGUUUGCGCAAGGGAAAAUUUUGGCCGAACCCGACUCAGGGUUCCCUGACAUUUUCAAUUCAGGUGUCUUUUUACUCAAACCAAAUAAGGGGACCUACAAUGACUUGAAAAAUUUGGUUCAACACCAGCAACUGCAACAGCAACAGCAAAAUCAAAACCAUAAUCAAAACAAGUCACGUGUAAAUCAGAGCAUAUCGUUUGAUGGUGCUGACCAAGGGCUACUUAACCAGUAUUUCAAUAUUCAACCAAACUGGGUGCAAACAGUUUUUGACUCUGGAAAUUUAAAUUUAAACGUCAAUGGUGAUUUGAUUAGUGGAAAUAGCACAGUUAACAAUUGGAUUAAAUUGCCCUUUUUGUAUAAUGUUACCCCAUCAGUCGCAUAUGAGUAUUUGCCCGCAUUCAAGCAUUUCCAAGGCUUGCCCUUGUCGCCAUUGUCAAAACCAACACAUCCUUCACAACAUCCAUUGUUGCAAGAAAAAAAACUGGGACAAAAUGAAGGCGGAAACGAUACGUUUUACGAUGAAAAGGUAUUGCAGCUGUCCACCGAUACACUCGGAAGAUACCAUUCUACAGCUGUCAGGUUUAUCAAUGCAAAGUCUCAAAUCAAAGUAAUGCAUUUCAUUGGUCCAUACAAGCCAUGGACUCUGGCAUCCACUGCGCAGGGAAUCCACAGAAAUUGGUGGAAUGUUUGGAUUGAAGAAUUUGGUGAACAUUCUAUAGAACAAGUUAUCAACAAUGAGCAAUCUGAUCAUUUUGCUGAUAUCAAAAUGCCUACCAAAGAAUUAAUAAACACUGAUUUGGGCGACGAGAAGCUGACUGAUAAACAUGAGAAUAAAGCAUUUCAAGAAGCCAAACCUCAAGGAACUAAAUCUGAUCCAUUUGCCUUGUCUGAUUCAGCGAGAUAUCAACAAUUUAAAGACACGAUCAAACCCAGUCGUGAUGCAAUGUGGGAUCCUGCAAAAGAACCCCCUCCAAAGUACACAAAGAGUGAAGGAGAUUCUGGUCAUGCACAACAUUCUAACAUUUUUCAAUUUAACACAUAUGAGAGCUGGCACGAGCCCAAGGAAGUCGAAGUUCAUGAAGCAGCGAUGUCUCCUCAAGAACGUGGAAAAAUGGCUAAUGAACCAGUCCAUGAGACUGAAAUGAAUUACGAAAAGAAGGAGCUGAAUUUGCAAGAAGAAGUGUACACUUUACCAUCAACAUCUCAGAAUCAAGAAGUUUACACCAAUACUUUUCAGAACCCUGUAUCAAUAAAGCAGGAAAUGCAUAGUAGCAAUGAAAACAAUCAUCACCAUGAUUUCAAAGAUGAGUUUAAUCAAGAAAGUAAUAUGCAUGAUAAAACUGCAUCUUUAUCUUUGUUAGCACCUUUAGCAUUACCGAAUUCUUUAAUAUCUGCACCCACCUUUGUUCAAGAAAAUAAAUUACAAGAGAAACCUCCUCCACUACAAUUAGCACCACCACCACAAACACCACCACAACAACAACAACAACAGCCCCCUCCACUAGAACUUCCUGAUUUAUAUGGACAUAAAUAUGUUGAACCAGAACGAGUGUUUGAUGCUAGCUCAGAUUACUACCCAACGCAUAUCUUGAGAGACCACUUGGAAAAGAUUGAUAUCAAUCAAGAUGGCAAUGACAGUGCCUCAAUAUUAACUCCGGGGUCUUCUGCCGGUGCUGUCAUUGUUAGUGCUGCUAAUGCAAAGCAGUUGGGUGCAGAGGUAUCUAGCUACAAUUAUGAGAAUGAAAAGUUGCAGAAGCAAGGUUUGAUUAAUGCCGAUCAUUUACAGGAAGCAAUCGACUUUGAAGAAGACGAAGAAGGGGAGGAUGAAGACGAUGUGGAUGAUUAUUCAGAAUCUCAUGCACCCAAAUUGUUUCCUUGGGAAUUUCGAGAGGUCCACCGACCAGAGAGAAGAUUCAGUUGA